GGUGCGCGCGCAGCUGCCGGAGCGCGCGGUUGACUUUGUUUGAUUUUAACGGUUUUUUCCCCUCUCUCUCCUCCUCCUCCUCCCCCCCGAGGCCGGACUUUCCCCUCACCCUCAGCCCCUGGGGCCGGGAUACGCCGCCACCGAGACCCCUCUCCCCCUUCCCCCCUCCCCACCCCCCACAUUCUCUCCCUCCCACCGACUCAGCAUCCAUUUUGGGGAGUAAUAUACAAGUGAGAUUUUGUUUGUGAAAUGUCAAACGACUCCUCUUGCUACGGUAACGGUUACCAAGGAGAACUCGAUCUCAUGGCUGAGGAAUGCAAGGAUCACGGGGAUGACAAUGCGAGAACCAACUUAAUUGUCAACUACCUGCCUCAGAACAUGACGCAGGAUGAGCUGCGAAGCCUUUUUGGUAGCAUAGGAGAGGUGGAGUCUGCCAAACUGAUCCGCGACAAGGUCGCAGGACACAGCCUUGGAUACGGGUUUGUGAAUUAUGUGGACCACAAAGAUGCGGAGCGAGCCAUUAACACACUCAAUGGUCUGAGGCUCCAGUCAAAAACUAUAAAGGUUUCCUAUGCCCGACCAAGCUCCGAUAGCAUCAAGGAUGCAAACCUGUACGUGAGCGGGCUGCCAAAAACGAUGACGCAAAAAGAUUUGGAACAGCUCUUCGGACGCUAUGGUCGCAUCAUUACAUCCCGUGUCCUUGUUGACCAAGUAUCAGAUUUUGUUUGUGAAAUGUCAAACGACUCCUCUUGCUACGGUAACGGUUACCAAGGAGAACUCGAUCUCAUGGCUGAGGAAUGCAAGGAUCACGGGGAUGACAAUGCGAGAACCAACUUAAUUGUCAACUACCUGCCUCAGAACAUGACGCAGGAUGAGCUGCGAAGCCUUUUUGGUAGCAUAGGAGAGGUGGAGUCUGCCAAACUGAUCCGCGACAAGGUCGCAGGUAAGGACCAUAAAGGACACAGCCUUGGAUACGGGUUUGUGAAUUAUGUGGACCACAAAGAUGCGGAGCGAGCCAUUAACACACUCAAUGGUCUGAGGCUCCAGUCAAAAACUAUAAAGGUUUCCUAUGCCCGACCAAGCUCCGAUAGCAUCAAGGAUGCAAACCUGUACGUGAGCGGGCUGCCAAAAACGAUGACGCAAAAAGAUUUGGAACAGCUCUUCGGACGCUAUGGUCGCAUCAUUACAUCCCGUGUCCUUGUUGACCAAGUAUCAGGUAUGUCCAGGGGAGUUGCUUUUAUUCGUUUUGACAGGAAAUCUGAGGCCGAUGAAGCUAUAAAGAAUCUGAAUGGGCACAAACCACCCGGUGCUGUGGAGCCAAUUACAGUGAAACUUGCAGCCAAUCCCAACCAGAAAACGAACGCAUCCCUGCUGGCACAGUUAUACCAUUCACCAGCAAGGCGGUUCCCAGGACCACUCCACCAUCAGGCACAGCGAUUCAGGUUUUCACCGAUGAGUGUUGACAAUAUGAGUAGUUUGUCGGGUGUGAGCGUUGGUGGUCACAAUCCAUCCGGCUGGUGCAUCUUCAUCUACAACCUGGGCCAAGACGCGGACGAGGGGAUCCUCUGGCAGAUGUUUGGCCCAUUCGGAGCUGUGACCAAUGUGAAAGUUAUACGCGAUUUCAACACCAACAAAUGCAAAGGGUUCGGCUUUGUAACCAUGACAAACUAUGAAGAGGCUGCCAUGGCCAUUGCUAGCCUGAAUGGCUAUCGCCUCGGAGACAAAAUCCUUCAAGUCUCCUUCAAAACCAGCAAGUCACACAAGGCGUAAUAUAAAGCUUGUGCGUGUUUGUAAGCAUUUGAUUAGAAAUACACUGCUGAAAGGUGAAUAAGUCCACUAGUGUAAUACAACUCUUAUUGUUGUGACAGAAGUGUUUUGUCUACCAUUCUAGAAGAAUAAGUGAAAAGGAUUUUUUUUAUAUUAUUAGUACUCUGGGAUGCAACUAACAUGAAAUGUUCAAAUGUUUGAUACCUUUCCUUUCAUAUCUCUUUUCCCCCACACCCCAGAAGCUCUGAGGGGACGUCCAGAACAGUGUAGAAAUUUCUAAGAUUUUGAAGUAAUAUUACUUUAAUAUGCACACUAUUCAGUAGUCAUUCCUUUUUCAAAUAACUAUUUAGUUGUACAACUAGCAGUUCUUGUUUGGAUGCUGUUUCCAUUUGGGAAAAGUUUCAUAAAUGCAUGAAUCACAUUGCCAGUUAGUCAUCCCACUUGAAUUAAAAUCUGCUCGAUUUGUGCCCAUAAACUUAAUACUCACGCCAUUAAAUCCAUCGAAAUUGUAAGCCGUGUUCUCGAUAGGAUCUUGUAAAUACUGUAAAUGUCACUUAUUUCCUCCCAAGUUUUCAUGAAAUAUGGAGGCAGUCAAAGUUUUGGAAAGUUAAUUUCUGAGGAAAGCAUUAACAAUAUAUAGGGGAAAGGCUUCAGCUGUGAGCUGAUUAUAAUGCAAAAUUAGGAAUUUACAGUAUAAGUAUAUAGAGCAGGUGCUUUGUUAGUUUUAACACAGUUGCCAAAGUUUCAUCUGGGAAGACUAGAUUUGGAAAGCAUAAUGCAAUGCAUGAUUGAUUCUGCACGUAAUGCAGUCAUUUUGAAUGUUUAGAACUUUUGAACAUUUGCCAGUUUGUUGCACCCCUUCUAGUGAACUCCAUUGCAUAUUUUUUUUAAAAAAUAACUUUUUUUUGUUUUUUUGCAUAAUUGACAUGCUAAGCUGGGAUAAUGCGUCAGAAUAGAAAGUACUUAAAUGUUUUUCAUACAGGUUAGCUGUCAACACAAAGCUUUGUUAAAAUAGAUUUAAAGAAAACUAAUCUAAACGUUUUUUUCAAACUGCCUUUGAACUUCAUUAAUGUUCUGUUAUUAUAUAAUUUCUUUUCAUUUUGUUUCCUUUGUUUUGUUUGACAAUUGAUUUUACUUUUGCAUUUAUGAUCAUUAAAUUUGUUUUGUUUUGCUCCAA